CAUGCUCGUGUUUUUGUUUGCAAACAGUGGCAUAUAAUUUGAGAGUUGAAAAAAUGAACAAUGAGACGGAGUCGAUCGAAUGUCCGAUAUGCUCGAUACAAUGUUCCGCUGCAAGUAUCGAGGCUCACGUGCAAAAAUGUCUCUUUUUGAGCGAAUCGAGCAGCGGUUCGAAUCAUUCAAAAAGUACGUUGACUGAUCCCGGAAGAGAACCUGUUAAAAGUGCUUCGGCUGAGUUGAGAAAAACACCGAACAGGUUGAGGAACGAAACUCCUAGAAAAGAAGGAGUGAAAAGAUCUUCGAGUAAUUUGGACAGCGAUAAUUUUACGGUAUUUGCAAAAAAACCUAGGCAUGAUACAGAUCAAAAUGAUUCAACAAACAAAAAUGAUUCAAGCAAUGUUCCCAAGUGUAGCAAGAAAUUUUGCAAUAAAAACAAAAUUCCUCUUGCUGAAAAAAUGCGUCCUUCCGAUAUGAACUCCUAUGUUGGACAAAGUCAUGUGGUAGGAUCUGAGAGUAUUUUUUUUCAGUUGCUCAAAAACUCAGAAAUUCAAAACACCAUCUUGUGGGGUCCACCAGGAUGUGGCAAGACGUCUCUUGCAGCAGUUGUGGCAAACAUGUGCAAAAAUGUGUCAACCAAAAGUUAUCGUUUCGUCAAAAUUUCUGCAGCAGUUGCUAACAUUAAUGAUGUAAAGAAAGAAAUUUCAAUAGCCAUCAAUGAACUUAAAUUUAGGCGGCAUACAAUUAUGUUUGUUGAUGAAAUUCAUCGAUUCAAUAAAAUACAACAAGAUACUUUUCUGCCUCAUAUUGAAGCAGGAAAUAUUAUCAUCAUUGGAGCCACUACUGAGAACCCUUCAUUUAGCUUAAAUAAAGCUAUAAUAAGUAGAUGUAAAGUCAUUCAAUUAGAAAAACUCAGUGUUGAUGAUUUAAUUCAAAUUCUAACUAGAGCUGUAGAAAAAUCAGGAGGAAUAGUUAUUGAAUUUAUACAAGAGAUAGUUAGUGAUUGUCAUGAUCAUUUUUUGGUCGAUAAAAGUACAAUAAAAUGGCUUGCGGAAACGUCAGACGGAGAUGCGCGUAUUGCGCUUAGCGGAUUGGAAUUAGCAAUACAAUCUAAAGUAGUAUGCGACUGUAUGUCUUUUCAAGAAGAACAACAAAGAAUUUCACUAGAUAACAUCAAAGAUAGUCUUAAAAAGUCUCAUUGUUUGUAUGACAAGAAAGGAGAUGAACAUUACAACAUGAUUUCUGCUCUUCACAAAUCUGUCAGAGCUAGUAAUGUUAAUGCCUCUCUAUAUUGGUUGACAAGAAUGUUAGUUGGAGGUGAAGAUGUAGCGUACAUAGGAAGAAGAAUGAUACGCAUGGCUGCAGAAGAUAUUGGCUUAGCAGAUCCAAAAGCUUUAGGUCACAUUAUAGAUUCUGUACAGUCAUGCAAGGAACUGGGAAAUACAGAAUGCGGAGUAAUUUUAGCUCAAUGUGCUGUGUAUCUGGCCAGAGCUCCAAAAUCGCGUUUGAUGGAUAAAGCUUACAGGGCUGCUGAAAAAAUCGUUAUUAUGCACAAGGAUUCGCAAUUCCCAGUUCCGCUGGAAUUGAGAUGUAGUCCAAAAUCCCUCAAAAGUAAUGAAUCGGAGAGCGAUGGUAAAAAACGAUACUUACCCAAGGAAAUUGAAGAUUGCUUCGAUUAAUUGUACAAAAA